UUCCGUACAACUUUGAAAAGCACUCCCUAGAAGGGUUAAAAAAAAUUCUGAUUCUUUUUCAUUGCGUAUAUAGAGACAUGGGUGGACAUAACAAUGACCAUGAACAACAACGAAGCUUUGCCAUUUUUAUCAUCUCUUCAAUCCUUCUUGUGGCUACGAUGCCUGUUGCAAUGGCUUUUGGUUUAAACCCUAACCCUGUUGGAUUAAAUACUAACCCUAACCCUAACCCUAACCCUAACCCUGGAGGUGAAACUAAAGGAGAAACAGGGCAUCAAUCGAAUGUCUUGAGCACUCACAGUAGUGGAAUCACAAUUUGCCAAGGAACAGAAUACGAAGAAAAGUGCAAGCAAAGCCUUGGAAAUUCACUUUUUGUAAACACAGACCCGAAGAAGCUCAUCGAAACUCAGUUCAAAGUCGCAAUUGGGGAACUUGUAGACAACAUAAUAAACAACUCCACCCUUUAUAAACAGAUUGUCACAGAUGAGAGGACAAGACUAGCUAUGGAUGAUUGUAAGGAAAUUUUGGGCUAUGCGGUUGAUGCUAUUAUGAAAUCCACAAGUCUAUUGAUUCAGUUUGAUUUUAGCAAGUUGAUGGAAAUUGUUUAUGACCUCAAGGUAUGGCUCACGGGGAGUAUUUCUCACCAAUAUACUUGCUUGGAAGGUCUUAAGAAUAUAGAAGAAAAAGCUAGUCAGAAAAUGGCUAUGGCUAUGAGUUCCUCUUUGGAGCUUAGUAGCAAUGCAUUGGAUAUGACAGAUACAAUCUCUAGAAUGCUCAACGGCUUUCGGCCAAAAAUUUUCAAUAGGAGACUUCUCUCUGAGGAAGCAACAGUUGUGGAUGGUUUCCUUUCAUGGGUGAAUGAAGGACAAAGACGUUUUCUCCAGGUUGCACUUGGAAGUGUUAAGCCUAAUGCAGUUGUGGCCCAAGAUGGGUCUGGUCAAUUUAAAACACUCACUGAAGCUCUUAAGACUGUUCCCGCUAACAAUGAUAAACCUUUUGUGAUUCAAGUCAAGGCCGGUGUGUAUAAGGAAAUUGUAAAAGUGACCAAUACCAUGACCCAUGUCACAAUUAUUGGAGAAGGUGCUACAAAGACUAAAUUCACUGGCAGUUUAAACUUUGUUGAUGGUUCCACAACUUUAGAGAGUGCUACCUUUGCUGUUAAUGGUGCCAACUUCAUGGCCAAGGAUAUUGGAUUUGAAAACACAGCAGGGUCUUCGAAACAACAAGCAGUGGCACUUUUAGUAACAGCAGACCAAGCUGUGUUCUACAAUUGUCAAAUGGACGGGUUCCAAGACACUCUUUUUGCCCAAUCUCAACGCCAAUUCUACCGUGAUUGCACCAUCAGUGGCACCAUUGACUUUAUCUUUGGGGAUGCCUUUGCAGUUUUCCAAAACUGCCAACUAAUUGUGAGAAACCCCUUAAAGGGUGCACGAUGCAUGGUGACAGCUGGUGGCAGAGUCAAAGCUAAUAGUGCUAGUGCCCUUGUGUUUCAAAGCUGCCACUUCACUGGAGAACCCGAAUUGGCUUCUGCAGAACCUAAGCUAGCAUUCCUUGGAAGGCCAUGGAUGCCAUACUCUAAGGUGGUGAUCAUGGACUCUCAAAUUGAAAAUAUCUUUUUACCUGAAGGGUACGAGGCAUGGACAGCAAAUGCAAACAAGGACACAUGCACAUAUUAUGAGUAUAACAACAAGGGCCCUGGUGCUGACACCUCAAAAAGAGUUAAAUGGCAAGGUGUUAAGGUCAUAACCUCUACUGAAGCAAAUAAUUAUUAUCCUGGGAAGUUCUAUGAACUUGCUAAUUCAACUUCACGUGAUGCAUGGAUUACUGAUGCUGGGAUACCCUACUCUCUUGGCCCUAUGAGUGGCACAGUUCCUGCAGGGUUGGCCCAAAGUUCUACUACAGGAUCGGCCCAGAGUCCUACAGGGUCAGCCCAGAGUCCUACAGGAUCGGCCCAGAGUCCUACAGGGUCAGCCUAGAGUCCUGCAUGGUUGGCAAAAGUCCUAAAGGGUCAUCCCCGAGUCCUAAAGAAUCGACCAAAGAAUAAGGAUGACCGGUUAAAACUUGUUGCAUUCCAAUUAUUGCUUCAUGAUUGACUUUUUUAGAAUCUAAUGGGACACAACAGGAAACAACAUCCAGGAUGACCUAGCUAUUAUUUUAAGCCCCCUAAGAAUAAAAUUAUUUUGCAUUAGUAUUUAUGUAUAUAGUAUGUAUAUAAAUUUUAGUAUUAAUGCAUGGUGAAUAAGUUGUAUAUUUUUCCUAGGUGACAUUGUUUGAACCUUGAAGGAAAAAUCACUUUUAUUUUUUGUAAGGCCCCUAAUAUUUUUGUUACUCUUUCUCAUUUAAUCAACUACUCAUUAUUUAA